UUUCUACAGAGAAACCUGAACGCAACAUCCCAGCAAUGAAUUGAGGUUAGAGGAAGAUGAAAACAGUAAUGGACAAGGAACGCACAUAAGGUUGUUUAUGUCAGACCACUGACUGGCACUUCACAAAAACCACAAAAGGAGACAAGAGGGAGUCAGGAACCAUGGAGGCUCGCUUUGGUAAUAUUGUGUUCAGCUCCAAGUUUGACUCAGGGAACCUGGGACGUGUGGAGAAGGUGGAGAAGGGCAGCUCCAGCCCUCCUACCGAUAUAGCGCCCAGUGGGAACACCCUCUCAGGAUCCAACCUUACCCCUGACUAUGAGUUCAAUUUGUGGACACAGCCAGACUGCGCCGGCACGGAACAUGAGAAUGGAAACAGAUCGUGGUUUUACUUCAGUGUACGGGGUACUGCACCAGGGAAGAUACUGAAGAUCAAUGUGAUGAACAUGAACAACCAGAGGAAGCUCUACAGCCAGGGCAUGGCUCCUCUUGUACGCACUUUACCUGGCAAGAACCGGUGGGAAAGGAUCCGAGACAGACCCACAUGUGAGAUUGUAGAUAACCAGUUCAUCCUCUCGUUCACUCACCGGCUGUUGGAGGCUCGCGGGGCAACCACCUUCUUCUCUUUCUGCUUCCCGUUCUCCUACAGUGAGAGCCAGGAGAUGCUGCAGCAGUUUGACAAGAGCUUCACCAAUGCUGCUCAACUCAGUCCGAGCAGUGCCCCGGACAGUGUGUAUUAUCACAGGGAGUUGCUGUGCCACUCUCUGGAUGGCAAUAGGGUGGACCUGCUCACUGUGACCAACUGCAACAGGAUGCAAGAGGAGAGAGAACCCCGCCUGCCUAAACUGUUUCCAGACACAAACACUCCACGACCACACCGCUUCUCCAGCAAAAGGGUGUUUUUCCUCAGCAGCAGAGUGCACCCCGGGGAGACUCCGUCAUCCUUUGUGUUCAACGGUUUCCUAAACUUUAUCCUAAGAAGAGAUGACCCCCGUGCUCACGCACUUAGAAACAUGUUUGUGUUCAAGCUCAUUCCCAUGCUCAACCCGGACGGGGUCGUCCGUGGGCACUACAGGACUGAUUCCAGGGGUGUGAACUUGAACAGACAGUACCUGAACCCCAGCCCUGAGCUGCACCCUUCCAUCUAUGCAGCCAAAACACUUUUGCUCUACCACCACACACACAACCGCCUGCACAACACACAGUCCAGCACUCACUUUAACAGCCCCUCAAACAUGCAGGCCCCGCCCAUUAGCAAUCCACCCGCCAAUCAGCACCAGUCUCCUCCCUUCACAGCCCUUGAAGUUAGCUUAAACCAACGAAAUGUGGAGAAAGACGCAAAUCCUGCAUCGCCAGAAGUUCCCAUGGUGAUGGAGGAAAACGGCUGGGUUACCAACGAGAUGGAGAAAGGGGACCUAAACACGUCAUCAAGCUCUCCGGAGACUGUACUUCCUGUUACUGUUGAGGAAACAGUACCACAGGUGGAGGAACAUGAGUCAAUUCCAGCCCAGGAAGCAGGUGUGGCGUAUUAUGUGGACCUACACGGCCACGCCUCUAAACGGGGGUGCUUCAUGUACGGGAAUAACCUCUCUGAUGAGAGCCAGCAGGUAGAGAACAUGCUGUAUCCAAGGCUGAUAGCCAUCAACUCGGCCAACUUCGAUUUCCAGGGCUGUAACUUUUCAGAGAAAAACAUGUAUGCACGAGACAAGAGAGACGGCCAGUCCAAAGAAGGCAGCGGGAGGGUGGCCAUUCACAAGGCCAUAGGGCUGCUUCACAGCUACACUUUGGAGUGCAACUACAACACUGGAAAAUCCAUGAACACCAUCCCACCUGCUUGCCAUGACAACGGACGGGCAACCCCACCUCCACCUCCAUCAUUCCCUCCGAAAUACACUCCAGAAAUAUUUGAGCAGGUGGGGCGUGCCGUGGCUAUCUCAGCCCUGGAUAUGGUGGAGUGUAACCCCUGGCCUCGCCUGGUGCUGUCGGAGCACAGCUGCUUGACGAACCUUCGAGCUUGGAUCCUGAAGCACGUCCGCAACAGCAAAGGCCUGAACACACACAUCCACGCUCAUCCUGCGCCAAGAAUUCACCACAACGGCAGCAAGGCCUCCCCGCCAAAGAGCUUCAACAACAGCUGUCUGUCUGGCUCAGCGUCGGAGAACGCCCUCAAUCGCAUUCGCUGUAACAGCCACAGCAGCCAGACGCCCUCCCCGAAGAUGCACAACUCCCCCAGCUUUACGUUCGGCUUUCCCCCGCCCCGCACCCACACGCAGCACAACAGCACGCAUACCAGCGGACGUGGAGGCAACAAGGCACUCGGGCCGGUCAGGGACCCUAAGCCUCAGGAGAAGAGACGCCCCCCCCACCACCGCUCCAUCCUACGGUCUCCCAGCAAUAGCCACGCACCCUCCCUCCCCCCCGCCUCACCCCCUUCCUCCUCCUCUUCCUCGUCUUCGUCGGUGUGUGCGGUGGGCUCCUGUCCCAUCGUGGCCUCCGUCACUAUGACAGGCCUCAGCUGCCCAGACUUUCAGAGUGGAGGACCCAGUUUGGCAGGUUGGUCAGGAACACCUUUCCCCAUACGUCUUGGGCAUUUGGGGAAAGGAUGCCGGGGUCUCACAAUCACCCAUCACACCCCAGAGACUGCUAAAGACCUGGGGCCUGAUCACAUGCUUUCCUCCAUCAAAUGUAGCAAGUGUGAGCUGCAACCUACCAUGAGCCGUAUCCCCAUCAGGAGGGUGGGGUCAACUGAAACCCCUCCUGCGAAAUCCCCUACCGGUACUAACCCCGUCUCAUCAGGAGAUAUGGACACAGCUACCAUGAAGGUCUGGAAACUGCUUAGACCUGGCCUCCAUCGACACCUGUCGCUGUCAGGUGUAUCCGGAAAAGAUGGUGGCAUGCAGUUGGCCUCUAAAGCACUAAUGACGAAAAGCCCAGAGAUGAGUCUCAGCUACAAAGGAAACACUAUCAUAGAAACCGCACACGAGACGGAUGAAACGGAGCAAGAGGAUGAGGAAGCUGCAGUGCUGCCCCUGCCAGAGACUGUGAACAUGUGUGAGACAGUGACCCUGUGUGGAGAAGCCUGAGUACUGCACAGAAGAAGAGACACUUGUGUAUGUCUGUAUUUGCUGAGCCUCACUUACUGUAAUGUGACCAAAACACAUUUAAAACUAGGAAUCAGGAGGGGGCACUGUCAUCACGGGAGGAUUAUUUGAGGCAUCUUAAUGUGCAAUGAAACAUAAUGUAACAUUAUGUAUUCAGAUGUUAAACAUUAUCAGACUGUUGAGCUGGCAAUAGGCAGCUUUACUGGAGCAGCUGGAGGUGUAGUGCCUUGCUCAAUGAAACCACAACAGUUGCAGAAGUAGGGGAGAGUUACAAACCUUCCUUAUCAAAGAAUCCAUAGACAUUUAACUCUUAAAUAGCACCUCACAUAUCUGUUUUGUAAUUAUAGUCCUGUCCUUCUGAUGUCUCCUCCCCCCAAAAAUAAGUUAAAUGCACUCUGACCAACACUGUAAUGCACUGGUAAGUAUUUCUGCAGUCAGCCACUUGUACUAUUUUUAUUCAGUCUGACGAGCACAGCAGCAACUCUUUAUUUCCAUUGCGAUUUUAGAAACAAAUAUCAGUGAAGUGUGUAUUUUAAUGUGAUUAUUACAGAAAUUCUUUGUGUUUUGCAUAUACAAAGAUAUUCACCCUUAAUGGACAUUUUUACAGAUUGUUUAAAUAGGAUAUGUUGAAACUGAUCCACAGCAAAUAAAUGUGAUGGUAAAGCUAAGUAAGUGCAAAUAGGAACAAUUAUAAUCUGCACAUAUCCUAUUGAAUGAGAUCACCUGUGUGUGGUGAUGUUAGGAUAAAUACUUGGAGGGUGCAGCUACUAGUAAGAUAUUAGAUAGGACAAAAACAAGGUGACUGAAAAGUAGCAAUCGGAGUAAUGUUACAGAAAAAUAUCAAAGGCUAUGAAUCUACAUUUUAAGUAAAUUAAGCGGGGGGUUUCUGGUGUUGAUGGUCCUUGUGAAAAGGGCCCUUUUGAGAGAGGACCCCAAAUCCCAUAAAGCCUUGCAGUGGCUGUAUCUACUCCAGACUACCAGAAACUGUCACACUGGACAUUUAUUUUACACAUGUACCUAAAAUCCAGUUACACAUGACAUGUGGCUUAAAUGUAAUACAUUAGGGUCGGUUGAUAUUGUGUUACACUUAUUAUAUAUUGUGUAUCAAAGUUACUCUCCUUGUCACAUUCCUUUUAGGACGUUUUGCUCCACAGCACACAAAUACCAACAACCUGUUCUUUAUGACCAUAUAUAUAUAUAUUCAUAUUAUAUAAAUAAUGUAAGACAAAUAGUGUCAGGAUUUGUCUUUUUAAAUGUUUUGAGCAUAUCUUAACCCAUUCACAUAUGAACUGAUGUUUACCAAAUUACCUAAACUGUGACUGAUAUAAUACUGUGUCGGAACUUAAAGUAUUAAUAAAUGAA